AGUGAAUAUCGACAGGCAGGGAAAGCCCUCAGACAGUAAGUACAGUGUCUCGGGUGAAGACCGCCGCUCCGCUCUCUGCUGGCUCCACACUGAGGGCUGCGCCUCUAAACGGACUGAAAAAAAAAACUCCAACACAGCAAGGCAAAAAAGCUGAAGCAUUGAUUUGUUUGUAGGGGGGACAUGGCUGAUGUAAGUUCAAACGAGUCGUCCACCGCGGACGUGGCGAAUAGGUUUGCUCGCAAAGGUGCUUUGAGGCAAAAAAACGUCCACGAAGUCAAGAACCACAAAUUCACAGCCAGGUUCUUCAAGCAGCCGACUUUCUGCAGCCACUGCACCGACUUCAUCUGGGGGUUUGGAAAGCAAGGAUUCCAGUGCCAAGUUUGCUGUUUUGUGGUCCACAAGAGGUGCCAUGAAUUAGUCACAUUCAGCUGCCCAGGGGCAGAUAAGGGGCCCGACACAGACGAUCCCAGAACGAAGCACAAGUUCAAGAUCCACACCUAUGGGAGCCCCACCUUCUGUGACCACUGUGGCUCUCUGCUCUAUGGUCUCAUCCACCAGGGCAUGAAGUGCGACUCCUGCGAUAUGAAUGUCCAUAAACAGUGUGUUAUGAACGUGCCCAGCCUGUGUGGAACCGAUCACACCGAAAGGAGGGGGCGUCUUUUCCUCAAGUGUGAGGUCACUGUGGAUAAGCUGCAGGUCACAGUGGGUGAAGGCAAAAACUUGAUUCCCAUGGACCCCAAUGGCCUGUCUGACCCUUAUGUCAAGCUCAAGCUCAUACCAGACCCCAAAAAUGAGACCAAGCAGAAGACCAAAACCAUCCGCUCCAACCUCAACCCCAAAUGGAACGAGACCUUUAACUUCAAGCUGAAGGCUACAGAUAAGGACCGCCGGCUGUCCGUGGAGGUGUGGGACUGGGACAGGACCACCAGGAAUGACUUCAUGGGUGCCCUUUCCUUUGGAGUAUCAGAGCUCAUGAAGGCUCCAGUCUGUGGCUGGUAUAAGUUGUUGUGCCAGGAGGAGGGGGAGUACUACAAUGUUCCCAUCUCAGAGGAAGAUGACGGGAAUGAGGAACUCAGGCAGAAAUUUGAGGAUUGCCAAAUUAACUUUAGUCUAAAGAAAGCCAAGCUAGGCCCAGGUAAGAAGGUGAUCACCGAGACUGACGACAGCCACUCCAGUCAGCUGCCCAACAACAACCUGGACCAGGUCAAACUCGGCGACUUCUCUUUCCUGGCUGUGCUGGGGAAAGGGAGCUUCGGGAAGGUCAUGCUGGCAGAGAUGAGGGCCACUGACGAGCUGUAUGCAAUAAAGAUCCUGAAGAAGGACGUGGUGAUCCAGGACGAUGACGUGGAAUGUACCAUGGUGGAGAAGAGAGUCCUGGCCCAGCAGGACAAGCCGCCCUUCCUCACACAUCUCCACUCGUGCUUCCAGACUGUGGACCGUCUGUACUUUGUCAUGGAGUAUGUGAAUGGGGGAGACCUCAUGUACCAUAUCCAACAAGUUGGCAAGUUCAAGGAACCUCAGGCAGUGUUCUAUGCAGCAGAGAUCGCUGUUGGUCUCUUCUUCCUGCACCUUAAAGGAGUCAUCUACAGGGAUCUGAAGUUGGACAAUGUGAUGCUGGACUCUGAGGGACACAUUAAGAUUGCAGACUUUGGCAUGUGUAAAGAGAACAUGAUAGAAGGAGUGACCACGCGCACCUUCUGCGGCACUCCAGACUACAUAGCCCCAGAGAUCAUUGCAUAUCAGCCAUAUGGACGCUCUGUAGACUGGUGGGCAUAUGGAGUUCUGCUCUACGAAAUGCUGGCAGGACAGCCUCCAUUUGAUGGUGAGGAUGAAGACGAGUUGUUCCAGUCCAUCAUGGAGCACAACGUGUCCUACCCAAAGUCCCUGUCCAAAGAAGCUGUCUCCAUCUGCAAAGGGCUGAUGACCAAACACCCGUCCAAGCGUCUGGGCUGCGGCCUUGAGGGAGAGAGGGACAUCAGAGAACACGCCUUCUUCAGACGUAUCGACUGGGAACGCCUCCAGAACAGGGAAAUACAGCCGCCCUUCAAGCCCAAAGUGUGUGGCAAAGCAGCAGAGAACUUUGACAAGUUCUUCACACGCACCCAGCCCCAGCUCACACCGCCCGACGAGCUCGUUAUCGCCAACAUCGACCAGGCUGAGUUUGCAGGGUUCUCUUUCAUCAACCCACAGUUUGUACACCCAUCGCUCACUAACAGCGUAUGAGAAGGACGGGAAACCUCCCUGAAGAACCUCCCUGCUCACUGCCACCCACUUAAAGCAACCGCCAACCUGACAUCUGACCACAAUGUGAUGAAGGCCCACUAUAAAACCUUUAUCUAUUGGUUUUAUUCAUAAGCAUUCUAGGGCAUACCUAUAUGUUCUUUACAAUAUAUUUGCCAGUAUAAAUUCUAUACAUUAGAUUGGUUCUCUGCCAUUACAAGAAAUAAUUUCCUUUCCUUAAUGAUGAGCAUGCACUGUAGACUAGGAUGUCCUUCCUUAACGCUGCAAUUUGUAAUGAAGGUUAGCCAUAACUAGAGGCACUGAGACAGAAGGCUGUCAGGCCUUAUUUAUCUUGAAGAGUACAUGAUGAAAAGAAUAAAUUAAUAUCUGGCUGUAUAUUAUAUAAGCCAGACAAUAUUAGAUGAGCAUUAAACUAAGAUAGCAUUCAAGCCAUGGAUUAAGUGAUUCUGGAAAAUGUUUUAAUGCCUACAAAUCUCAAUGGAUUAUUAUGGUCCAAAGAUCUAGUUGGUGGUUCGCAGUUUCAAUAUAAAUAAUUAUCAGAAUUUAGAUAUUAUGUGACUGCCUGAAAAGCACUCACAUAAGGCAGUGUAGACAUUUUGCCAAAUAUGAAGGACAGGUGGUGCAGGCGUUGAUACAGCACCUUGUGAUUCAAUGUUUCCUGUAUCAUGUUUACAGUUUUCUUUGAUUUCAUGGUGAUGGUAUAAAAGUCUAUUUUAGUACAAUUUGAUUCUAGCCAGUCUCAACUUCCAGUGUGCGUAGCAAAUCAACUUAAGAACGAACAGUUGUGUAAUUAGAUAAUAUGCAGCCUGUAAAAAUGCAAAUAUGUGAGACACUUACAGAAGGGUGACAAAUUAACGGAAACCCCUAACUGAAUGAGUAGAGAAACACAAUGAAUAAAGCAACUGAUAUCCUAUAUGACAUUCUUUUUAUCUUAUAAUGAAAUAGUUAUGUACUGAUGGUGGUGGUCUCUUCCAGAAUGACAAUUCCCCAAUGUCUUAGAUGGCAAUCUCCACCACCAUCGUCAAAACACCAAAUGAGAGAAUAUCUUUUAUAAGAAUAGUCUUUAUCCCUCCAGUAGAGUUCCAGAGACUUGUCACCCAUUUGUAGGCAAGUGUCAGGGUUGGCUCCAAUUUUAAGCUUCUUAGCUUCACUGUUAUCAUCCCAUUUUACUGCUUUUAAAAGUAAUAAUUCACACGGUUAUUUUCUAGCCCUAACUUGAGCUGCAUUGUAUCCUUUCCUUGUCAAUAAUUUUGUGGACACUAUGUGGACACACAGUAAUCCGUUUAGUAAGUGGGCAGUGGUAGAACAUUCUUAUAUCUACCUUAAAAAAAGGAAGAAAAAAAAAUCAAACCUAAAACGUUUACAGUUUGUCAUGUUUUAACACUAGUCAGUGUUAACCACCGUCUCUGUCCCGAUGCCCAUAACUCCAAAGCAUCCUAUUGGUCAUAAAUGUAUCAACAAAAAACACAUUUUGAUAAACUGUUGUUUGUUUUUGGAAUAUAACAUCAUAUGAUUGUGUAUUAACCAUCCAAUGUUAUAUUGCAUACAGUAUCAUGUCCAGAAGCGUACAUAAAACACGUUUGUUAGUUUUCUUAGAUGCAGAAGUUGCAAAUCAAUAGGAGCAUUUCUUCUUACAAUGCUUUGUUAUCCUGAGAACAAACUCAUCCUUCAUUAGGAAUAUGUUUAAUUACUUUUUUGCAUCCCUUUUAGGUUCUUUAAUGUCUUUAACAAUAGAUUAGUUUUACUCUCUUAUUCUUUGUGAUCUCAUACAUAUUUUUCCAUUAGAUCAGAUACUGAUAUUUUAAUGCGUCUACUAUCUAACUCCUUUGUAAAUAAUCACAAGUUAUUUAAAAAGAGUAUAGCAAGUUACAGUUUUUAUACCAACAUAUAUCUGUUCUACUUGUUUUGGCAGAUUUAUCAAAACUUUUAUUUUCUUUAAUCAUAUUCAAUGAUUUUGACUGCAAAUUGUGUGUUGAUUGAAUGCGUGUCUGGCUGUUGACUGUCCCUCUGUAUCUGCAUGCUGUUGGUAGGCAUCAUCCAUGCACGUGAUCCGCUAAAGGCUGCAUGCUAAUAUGUAUAACAGUCCUAAGAGUUACAGUACAACCUCAAAGUGAUGCUCCACUCAAAACCUAAGUUUAGAGGUAAGAAUCAGUCCUUUGUCUUGAAAGUUUGUACCUGCUUUGUCCUUCUUGAAGAAUAAUGGCCAUAGCUUAGAUUCAUGUUGCUUCCAAAGGAGUCCAAUCGUGACAGCUUUGCAGGAAGGUGGAAAGUGUCAAAAUUCAAGCAUGUGAAUGUUUGAUACUCAAAGGAUAGAUUAAAUGUGGAGUAUCUGAAAGUAUAGCUCCAGAUUGGCCAAAUGUAAUGUGCUGUUUUUCGAGCAGCUAGACUCUUUAAAAGGUGAUAGGAAUAUUGUAACUGUACUGCACAUAAAUCAAGUUUCAAUGACAAAAGCCAUGUUUCCACUCUUAUAUUUUUUGUGAAAUUUGAAGAAAAGCUGAUUGGAAAUGGAUAAGAUCAAUGAAAAAAUAUAUUUUAAUCAAAAUUAUUCUGCGCAAACAAGUUUUUACCCUUGAUUGAGUUGGCUUUUGCCCUUCUUGAAAUGUUUGUGCAAUAAAUACAGUACAAACUACAAAAACUACAAAGUACAAACAUUUAACCAACUGAUACAGUCUGAUUCAGACUAUAUCAAUUCUAGCUGACAAAUUAAGAGCAAUUUCACCAAAUUUCCUGAAGACCAUUUUUCUCAUAUAGAUGGGUUAGAUGGCCAAGGCAACUUGUUUGGUUUCUGGUUCUCAGUAUCUAGGUCUUCUCCUCUGUUUACUUGUGGAUUACAGCCAUCUGUAGCCUCUAGCACCAAAGGGUGCUAUAGCCUAGUUUAUUAACUUUUAACCAGGUGAUGAAAACAUACCAUGAAUCCCUUUUUUUCUACAUCUAAAAAUUUCUCAAAAUUCACUUGAAAAAAUGUAAUGGAAACAGGGCUACAGUCUGGUAGAAGUCAUGAAGCAGCGAAGGCCUAAUUCUCAGGCUGAUUUGUAAACUGUGUAAAAGCAGGAACGGGAAACAACAGUGAUGUUCCCAAAAGAAUGCAGAUCACAGGGGCUAGAAAACAUAGAAUAGACAGUUAUUAUAGUUUAUAAAUCUAAAUUGAUUCUAAAACAACUUUAUAAAAGACUUUCCUGAGACGUAGACCUCGGAUCUAGAUCAGCUUUACCUUUUAUAAGGCGAUGUGGAACACUGAACCCAAAUCUGUGGUGAGUUGUGACUCACUGCUCAUUGCUAGACCAGGGGGACCACUCGCUUUUUGGUGUCCAUGAAUGCAGUUUAUGUUAUAAUCUUAAUGUUGUCCCUUUUAUUUUAUUUUUUGCUUUUGCUGUUGUCAGUUGCUGUCAGUGUGGUCAUUGUUAUUUCUCAAGCUUCUGCCUAGAAAUUCAGGAAUGUUUCAAAGGAUGUAUCACAUUAGAGAAUAUAUCAUAUCUGACUGAGAUAGGAACUAUUGAAAUGUUUGUAAUAUUUUCUCCAUGUUUUUCUAAGAGUUGUGCUCUCCUACCGUGUUUCCUAUAGUAUAUAACCUUUUGCAUGUGCCAAACCUGGAAACCGCCAGAAACCCGACAAUAGCAGCGUUGCACUAGCUGUAGUCACACAGACGACUUCUUCUUUGUGGCAGCUUCUCCCCUGUGCAGGCCUGAGAGCUGCCUGAAGCCACUCCUGCUGUACACUCUGUUGGCCACAUAACAUAUAGCAUGCUGCCAUGAGUAUACCAGUGCACAUUGUGUCAGUACGCUUAAGAUGCCAGUCAGUUCGAUAAACGACUCAUCAUACACGGUACUAGUUUUUCC